UAAUAAUUGACAGAAUUGAGUGCCCCUCUGAUCAUGGCGAUCGACUCAGUGGAGGGCAACGGCAACCUCUCAGGGGCCGAAAAGCGAGCUGAGAAGCGGCGGAAAAUCAUGGCCCAGCUGGAGCUCUGCGGCCUUGACAAGGAGGCGAAUCGCUUGAUGGUUGAGGCCUCCUCCUCAGCCCUGAGUGCCAGCAACUGCCAGCGGCUCUGCCAGCAACUGGUGAGGAAUGUGGAGGUGCAACAAGAAUUGGCAAAAUUGGAAGACGAGGAGGAGGCGAAGAAAAAGGACUUCGAAGAACGGUUGCGGAAACUCGAAGACUUGGAGGUAAAAUGGGCCGCCAAGCAGUUGUUGCUGCAAGUGCGGCAGAGACUGGAGCCCUUGGAGCCGCAGGUUCAGAGAGACGCGAAGCCCAAACCCAAUGAGAUGCGCUGAAGAAAGUGAGAAA